GAGGCAUAUGACCAUAUAAGUGAAGUGGUAGUGAUAUCGUGCCAAGUGAUAGAACGUCCCAGCAAGAAGGACGGCUUCUGCUUCAAGCUGUACCACCCGCUCGAGCAGAGCAUCUGGGCGCCCAGGGGACCGCACAACGAGACCAUCGGAGCGGUAGUACAGCCGCUGCCGACCGCGCACCUGAUAUUCCGCGCGCCGUCGCAGGCGGCCGGACACUGCUGGCUCGACGGACUUGAACUAGCUCUACGAUGCAGCAAUGCUAUGCUAAGAUGUUCCCGGUCCCGCCCCGAACAAACGGUGGCGGCGGACUCGCCAGCCACGCAAACGAACCUAUCGCAUGAGGACUUGGAGAAACAUUUCAAUGAACACGAGCUAGCCGGCGCCGCGUCAGACUCGGACAGCGAGGCGUCUCGUAUCGGAAUGCCGAACCGGCCGGAUAAGAAGCAGGAGAUUUUGGCCGAGAUCGAGGCUAGCUAUGUUGCGGACACCAAUUUCGAUAUUGGCGUGGCCGGCCUGAUAGAAGAAGAAGUGGCCGAAGAGAACAAGUCUCUCCUCUGGUUCCUGCUGAAGCAGGUGCGACCCGGCAUGGACCUCAGCAAGGUCGUGCUGCCGACGUUCAUCCUGGAGCCGAGGUCCUUCCUCGACAAGCUGUCCGAUAAUUACUAUCAUGCUGAUAUAUUGGCACAAGCCCAACAAAUAGUGGACCCAUACCAAAGAUUCGUGGCGGUCGUGCGCUGGUACCUAUCCGGUUUGUACCGCAAACCCAAGGGUCUGAAGAAGCCUUACAACCCGGUGCUGGGCGAGACCUUCCGCUGCUGUUGGCGGCACAGCCAGGACUCCUAUACUUAUUACGUGGCUGAACAGGUGAGGGGAAAGUAGACUUUAUCACCUUUU